UCCAUUCGCUCUCUCUCUCCCCCUCCCUUUAGUUUCAACACCAAAUUUUUAGAGCCAAAAAACAGAGGAAAAAGCAGUCCCUGCAUCUCUCUCUCUCUCCUCUCUCUCUCUGUCUGGUGCCUGAGACCACUUAAUCUCAGCUGCCCACAUUUUUCUUGAACCGCUCGCCGGGGCCCUAGCUUUAUCCCCAGGCGCCGGAGCAUUCUUGGUCCCCCCUGCACACCAUUGUGAGCUCACAGCUGCUUCUCCCUCUCCAACUGCUGAUACUUCUUUUCCAACAAUGGCGGCCCUGCAUUGUGCGUCUCUCGGGUCGGUCUUUCCGGAAGCAUUUCCUUCAUGUCCUCUUCAACCCAUUUGUCUUUCAAGCUGAAAGGAAAAACCUUUUCCUCCUCUGGAGUAGCUCAACCUCUGCGGUUUCGUGCUGUUUCCUUUCAGUCCCUUCAAGAAUCUCAUCUCACUGUUUUUUCACCUUUUUGGGGUCUCUUCAGUGCUCAGUGGAUUCUUGCUUCACACCGACGUGAGCAUUUCGUGUCCUCUUGGAGACCCAUUUCCCAUUCUUAUCUUCUACUGAAAGCUCCGGUAGUUAGAAGUCAGUGAAGGGUCUCUAAUAAUGCUCUCUUAAAUUUGACCCUCUUACUCUUCUUCAAAGAGAGGGACUGGAGAGUGUUCCUUUAAGCUGUCUCCUUCACUGGAUCGUCUUCUGUUCGGGCAUGGCUUGUUAGCUCCCUCGGGAAUUUAGUAGAAUCGAUGCUGAACAUGAGGAGGCUGCUCGUUCUGCUCUGUUUCCUUUCCCUAGCUCCGCUUCUGGUGAAGCCCUUGAACCCUUCUUUGAAUGACGAUGUCUUGGGGCUGAUCGUGUUCAAGGCCGAUGUUCAAGAUCCCAAGGGAAAGCUCGCAUCUUGGGACGAAGACGAAGACAUCGCUUGCGGUUGGGAGGGCGUGAAGUGCAACCCCAGAUCCAAUCGGGUCGUCGAGCUCAACCUCGACGGUUUCUCCCUGUCCGGCCACCUCGGGCGGGGUCUUCUGCAGCUCCAAUCCCUUCGGAAACUUUCCCUCGCGAACAAUAAUCUUACCGGAAGCAUAAACCCCAACAUUGCUCGGCUCGAUAACUUGAGGGUUCUUGACUUGAGCGGGAACAGCCUUUCGGGGACUAUUCCCGAUGAGUUCUUUCAACAAUGUAGCUCUUUAAGGUCGAUAUCUAUGGCAGACAACAAGUUCUCCGGCAAGAUACCGGAGAGCUUGGGCUCAUGCUCGACACUUGCUUCUGUUGACUUGUCCUUCAACCAGUUCUCGGGUUCUCUGCCUGCAGGGAUAUGGUCUCUGAGCGCCCUUAGGAUGCUCGAUUUGUCUGGGAACUCUUUGGAGGGUGAGAUUCCUGAAGGUAUUGAGGGCAUGAAGAAUCUGAGAGCCCUCAAUUUGAAGGGAAAUCGAAUAACCGGAUCUAUCCCUGGUGGGAUUGGGAGCUGUUUGCUCUUACGGUCGAUCGAUUUGAGCGAGAAUUCUUUCUCUGGUAGCCUCCCUGGAACACUGCAGCAGCUUACGCUAUGUCAUAAUCUUGAUUUACACGGGAAUGCUCUUUCAGGGGAGAUUCCCGAGUCUAUCGGUCAAAUUGAAGCUCUGGAGACCUUGGAUCUCUCGGCUAAUGCAUUUUCCGGGAAGCUUCCGAGUUCACUCGGAAAUUUGGUGUCUUUACAAGUGCUGAACGUUUCUGGGAAUAGUCUUGUUGGUCCUCUGCCUGUAUCCCUGGGCAGUCUCAAGAACCUUCAAGUGGCAGGUUUUAGUCAGAACUCCUUCACCGGAGACCUUCCCCACUGGAUUUUUAAGAGCUCGUUCCAAAAGCUUCGGGCAUUGGAUCUGUCCUCGAAUUCUUUCUCAGGUCAAAUUCAGUCUGAUAUCGGAGAUUUUACCGGCCUUCAGUUCUUGAACAUGUCCAAUAACUCCCUAACGGGUCCUGUUCCUACGAGUAUUGGGAGGUUGAAGACCAUGGAUGUCCUCGAUUUGAGUGAUAAUUGGCUGAAUGGAAGCAUCCCUUCUGAGAUAGCAGGGGCUACUUCUCUGAAGGAACUGCGGCUGCAAAGGAAUGAACUGGCCGGAAAUAUUCCGGCUUCAAUUGAGAAGUGCUCUUCUCUAACUACUCUAAUUCUGUCACAGAACCACCUCGGUGGACCAAUUCCUUCAUCCAUGUCAAAGCUCGGAAAUCUCCAAAUUGUCGACCUUUCAUAUAACAGCCUUUCCGGGACACUGCCCAAGCAACUCGCCAAUCUUGCGCACCUCAUCACCUUCAAUAUCUCCCACAACCAAUUACAGGGCCAACUCCCUCUUGGCGGAUUCUUCAACAUAAUAUCCUCUUCAUCCGUCGGCGGAAACCCAUCUCUUUGUGGGUCCCCUCUGAACAGAUCUUGCCCCGGAGUGCUUCCCAAACCCAUUGUCCUGAACCCAAACUCCACUGUGGAUUCAACUCCCGGAUCCUUGCCUCCUCCUCUUGGCCACAAGAGAAUAAUCCUCAGCAUAUCAGCCCUUAUUGCUAUUGGAGCUGCUGCUGUCAUUGUUAUCGGGGUUAUAGCAAUCACCGUCCUCAACCUCCGUGUCCGGUCUAUAUCAGUCUCCCGCUCUGCUGCUGCCCUUACGUUAUCUGGUGCUGUUGAUGAAUUAUUCAGUGGGUCCCCCGGCACGGAUGCUAACUCCGGGAAGCUAGUGAUGUUCUCCUCGAUGGACCCCGACUUCAGCACUGGAGCUCAUGCCCUCCUCAACAAGGACUGCGAGCUCGGGCGGGGUGGUUUUGGGGCUGUUUACAGGACAGUUCUCCGAGAUGGUCACCCCAUUGCGAUCAAGAAGCUCACGGUCUCAAGCCUUGUGAAGUCCCAGGAUGAAUUUGAGAGGGAAGUUAGGAAGCUAGGGAAGGUCAGGCACUCUAAUCUUGUGGCUCUUGAGGGUUAUUACUGGACCCCUUCCUUGCAGCUCCUCAUAUCGGAGUUUGUAUCCGGCGGAAGUCUAUACAAGCACCUCCAUGAAGCUUCAGGUGGGAAUGCAAAUUCCUCUCUCUCGUGGAAUGACAGGUUCAAUAUUAUUCUCGGGACGGCCAAAGGGUUGGCUCACUUGCACCAGAUGAACAUUAUCCACUACAACAUUAAGUCAAGCAAUGUACUUCUAGAUAGCUUCUCAGGUGAGCCCAAAGUGGCUGAUUUUGGCCUUGCAAGGCUGCUCCCAAUGUUAGACCGGUAUGUUCUCAGCAGCAAGAUACAGAGUGCAUUGGGGUACAUGGCCCCAGAAUUUGCCUGCCGAACAGUGAAGAUAACUGAGAAAUGUGAUGUCUACGGGUUCGGUGUGCUAGCAUUGGAGAUUGUUACUGGGAAGAGGCCCGUAGAGUACAUGGAAGAUGACGUCGUCGUUUUAUGUGAGAUGGUGAGAGGGGCCCUCGAGGAAGGGCGAGUCGAGGAAUGUGUGGAUAAGGCACUAAAUGAUAGUUACCCUCCCGAAGAGGCGAUCCCCGUGAUGAAACUGGGUCUUAUCUGUACGUCCCAGGUACCCUCGAACCGUCCCGAUAUGGCUGAGGUAGUUAAUAUUUUGGAGUUGAUUAGGUGCCCUUCUGAAGGACAGGAGGAACUUGUGUAACCUCUUCUUUUUCUGACUUCAAUGUCGAGGAAAUCCCGAUUCAAAGGAACGUUUACUUCAGUAUCCGGCGAAGAAGAAUCCAGGCUUGUUCAUCAGAUUAUAACAUCGAGUGGCGGAGAAAACAAUUUUAUUCACUGAAGUUAGCCUAGCUGGUGUUUUUUUGUUUCUUUAAUUCUGUUUCUUGUCACCUUUCUGGUCCGAGACCAAUUGUCGAAGUUGUUUCUCCUCCUCUGCAUAUGUGUUUGACGAAAUUAUUGGAUUCCUUUUCACCGGGUCCUUGCUUGGGACUGACCCUUGAGCUGGAAUUUGCUCCCAACCUACUAAUUAUUGCUGAAAUUAUUGCCCAUUCA